UUCGAAUUGCUGAUUCCCUAUUUGCAGGUUUGAAUUAUCUUUCUUUCAACUCUUUCUGUGAUAUUUUUCUUUUCAAUUUGCGUUUGCACAACUUUAUUAUUUCUGUUUGUUUGCUUCUUUAUUGCCGAGCAACCACACAGCUGUUUCACUAGGAGUCUGACUAAAUAAUAAUCAUGUCAUUGACUAUUUCCGAACUUCCCCACAAGGAGCAAGCGUUGUUCCGAGCAGCUCUGAAACUUUAUGAGGCCCGCCAGUACAAGAAGGGACUGAAGUCGUGCGAGCAAAUUCUGAAAAAGGUUCCCAAUCAUGGCGAGACACUCGCUGUCAAGGGCAUGUUCCUUGCAUACAUGGACCGCAAGGAAGAGGGAUAUGCGUCGAUCAAGCGCGGAAUUGAGAUCAGCCCUAUGAGCUCGAUCAGCUGGCAUGUUUACGGCCUCGUGUGCAAGAUCGAUCUAAAGUUUGACGAGGCAAUAAAGUGCUACGAAGAGGCACUCAAGGCGGACUCGGAAAACAUCAACAUACUGCGUGAUCUAGCCACCAUGCAGACACAGAUGCGCCAGUACGAAAAGCUCGUCGAGACCAGGCAAAAGCUUGUUAAGCUGAGCCCACAGUUCCCGCCUUUCUGGAUUGGCCUAGCUGUGGCUUACCAGCUGACAGGCCGGUUUGACCUGGCUGCCAAGACCAUCACCACUUACCAGCCGACCAUUAAGAUUGGGCCCGAAGUCAGCAAGGAAGAGAUCAGCGAACUGCUGAUGUAUAAGAAUUGGCUGAUAGAACUCAGCGGCGACUACCAAAAGGCGCUAGAGAACCUCAAAGAGAUCCGCCCCCAGAUCGUGGAUAUCACCGGCUGGAAGGAGCAAAAGGCCAACCUUUUGCUCAAGGUCAAUCGCAUGGAGGCUGCAGCCAUGGCAUACCAGGACCUGAUUGAGCGCAACCCCGACAACAAGGAGUACAUCCGCGGCUACCUUUCCUGCAACGGCUUGGAUUUGGCGUGCGCUGAGGACGUUGAUGCUAUUCUCGAGGUUAUCUCCACCCUGCAGCACCAGUUCCCCACCUCCAACACCCUCAAAUUCCUGCCGCUCACCUUCUGCACUGGCGAUGGAGAGAGCUUCAUCGAGGCAGCUGACACGCUGGCCAAGCAUGCGCUGCGCAAGGGCAUCCCCUCGCUGUUCACCAGCAUGAAGACGCUGUAUGCCGACAAGCCCAAGGGUGCCGCUCUGGGCAACCUGCUCGAGGGCUACGCGACGCAGCUUCACGACACCAAGCGCCUCGGAGACUCGACCGAGGAUGAGGUCCCCUCAGUGCACAUGUGGUGCACAUUCUACUUGGCCCAGCACUGGGAUUACUACGGUGACUAUGAGCGCGCGAUGCAGCUGAUCGACGAGGCCAUCAAGGCCUCGCCCGAAACCGUCGAGCUGUACGCCGUCAAGGCCAAGAUCCUCAAGCACGCCGGAGACUUCCGGGGCGCCCGCGACACGAUGGAUUUUGCCCGCCAAAUGGACCUGAAGGACCGCUUUAUUAACACCAAGGCGAUCAAGUAUAUGCUGCGUGACAACGACGUCGACGAGGCUGAGCGGACUUGUGUGGUCUUUUUCGGUAAAGACUCGGCGUUCAAGCUUAAGGAUAUCGUCGAUAUGCAGAGCAUAUGGUACAUGCGCGAGCGUGGCCAUGCAUACAACCGCAUCGGCGACAUCGGCCGGGCGCUCAAGCAGUUCCACCAGGUGCAGACUGUCUUUGACACCUACUACAACGACCAGUACGACUUCCACACUUACUCGCUGCGCAAGUUUACCAUGCGCGCCUACAUCGACAUUCUUCAGUGGGAGGGCCAGCUGUUUACACACGAGACCUAUGUCGAUGUUGCGCACGCUGCAAUCGCCUGCUACGUGGACCUGCACGACCGCAAGGUUGCCGGCACCCCGUUCGAGGCUAUUCCCGAGCCCAUUCUCGAGGAGCAGCAGACCAAGCCGGUGACUCGUGCCACCACUACAAAGGAGGGCGACCACACCUUGGUAUCCGGCGAAGAGGAGGCUAAGCCCGCUGAGGUCGACAAGGACCCGAUCGGGGCCGAUUAUGUCAACUCCGAGAACCACCUUGCUGAUGCUCUCAAGUUUGUUGAGAGCCUCGACAAGGCAGUCAGCUCUCAGCCUGCCACACACACCUCAGCAUUCGAGGUGCACCUGCGCAUGAAAAAAUACUUCCUGGCACUUAAGUCGAUCAACUCACUCAAGGCCAUCAAUGAGGCCCACGUGUCUCUCAUUCCCAUGGCUGCACGCCUUAUCAGUGCCCUAGACUCGGACGAGACCUUUGCCGCCCCGAUGAAGGCUGCGCUCAAGGGCCAGCUCGCGAAGUCGUUUGGAAACGCAUCGAUCGAGGAGGCAGUUAAGACCAACGACCAGACUUUGCCGCUUUUACUGGCUGGAGCCAAGGCUUUGAUAGCCAUAGGUGGCGACUCCAACGUUGCCAGCGCAAAGGCGAUGCUCGCCCAGGCAGCCGCGGAGCGGUACGGAGCGACUCGCACUCUGGACAAUCUCUUGGAGGCUAAGAACCUGUUGAUCAAGACUGGGUCGUCGGAUGUUGAGCUUGCCGAGAUUUUCAAGGGCGCAAAGACUGUUUUCCCUCUGGCCACAUGUUUUUGAGCUGCUUUUAUAUAAAUAACUUUUUUUUACAUAUAUCUUUCAAGAAUAAGUUUUUUGUUAGUAGCGAAAUAGAAUAAACAACAAUA